AUGGGUGGGAACACGAGUAAAAGCGAUCAACAACGAAUAAUUGAGAAAGUGGAAAAUAGUGAAUUGGUGAAUACCAGUACAAGUGAUGAUUUGGAAGAAAAUAAGCACAAUUUUAUGAAAAUACCAGGAAACCACACAAAGAAAGAUGAUAGAUUUAAAGAGUUUAGAAGAUUACUUGAAAAAAUUAGAAAGGAACCUAAGUAUGUAGAUAAAUGUGCUUUAUUGACUGACAUGCUCACGUUUGGAAGCGAUGCACCUAAACACAUCUUCGAAGCCAUCCAUCCAGAUGCCUACUCUACUUUUUUGUCAUGCAACGAUAUCGUCUUAUCCCUAAAUAAAUGUUUCCCAAAGCUACUUACUCAAGUUGUGACCAAGCCAAAAUCGAACUUGGACAAACUUAAUAAUUUGAAUAAUAGCGAUCAAUUUCCGGUAAACAUAAAUAUCAAAGGAUUUGAAAAACCACAUGCAAGUAAACAUAGGGAAGAAACUAAAUCAAAUAAAACUGAAAAAGCGGAUACUACAAAAAUACCAAGAAUUAUUUUAAGGAAUGAUAACACAUUUGAAGAGUUUAGAGAAUUCAUUGUAAACAUACAAAAAGAAAAAUAUUUAGCUGAUAAAAGCGCAUUAUUAACAGAGAUAUUCAAAUUUGGAAGUCAUAAUGUAGAAAACGUUAUCAUGUGGUGCAUGUUAUUGCUACCGGAACAGAAUCACAUGAUUAAGUACAUGAAUAUUGAUCAAUUGGUAAAAUUAUUUAGCAGAAUAUUCGUUGAAGAUGCAUCAGAAAUAUAUAACCACCUUGAAAAAUCCAAUGGCAUUAACGAAAGUAUUGCGCAUUUCUAUAAUGAGAAAAUGGAUCCUCCGAGUUCAACAACUUUGACAAUUGAACAAGUUAAUGAAUUUUUCUAUCUUUUAUCACAACUCGACAAGAAGGAUGAACAAGUAAACCACAUUAAAAAAUUCUUACCUUCUUGUACGGUCGAAGAUGUGAAUUGUAUAGUAAAAUUGAUGAGACAUAAUUUGAAAAUUGAUUUAGCACCUAAAUACAUCUUAGAAGCUAUUUAUCCCGAGGCUUACUCUUCAUUUCUAUCAUUUGGUAGUAUAUCCUUGGCCUUAAAACACUGUUUUUCCAAAUCUACCGAAAUAUUGACUCAGAAUAUUGUUGUUAUGAAACCAUUCAAACCCAUGGUCGCUGUAGCAUGUAAAAGCAUUGAACAAGCCAUUAACAAAUUCCCGAAUGAAAUUAAUAAUCCGAUCGAUUUGGCUCAAUAUAUCAAAGAAAUAAUGAAAGUGAGGUUGGAAGGAUUAAUAUUGAAGGACAUCAAUGGAAAAUAUGAACCAGGACACAAAAAUUGGCUGAAGGUGACAAAGAUGAACUUAUAUGGGGGAUCCAUGGCCAAUUCUGCAAAUUUAAUCGUCCUUGGCGGCUGGUGUCAUGAUAAUAAAAUGAGUUGUUUGUCUUCAUUUCUGAUGGGAGUUUAUGAUGCUAAAACUGAUAAAUAUUACACG